AUGGCUGUACUUCAUCGAAUUCUUUCCGUACAAAAUAAACUUUUGCCAUUUCUAUAUCCUGGAUCAAUAACAAUGGAUACAGAUUCCAAAGCCUUAGAUGAAUUAAUUACACUAUAUCAUCCACAACUGGAUUUAGGUGAAAAUUUAACAGAUAAUGAUAUUGACGAGUUUCGUUAUCAUUCAAAACGAAUGUUAACUGCUUUAUUUCCAGUAAGAUCAUCAUCUUGUCUUGUUGAACAUCAUAUAUUUCAAUAUAAUACUAAUCAAAUAAAUAUGUAUUCUAUACAACAUGAACAAAUCAAUGAUUGGAAAUGUUCUAAUCAACCAUUAAUUCUUUAUUUUCAUGGUGGUGGAUUUGUUUUUGGUGAUAUUGAUACAUAUUCUGGUUU